AUGCAAAAUAAUCUGUAUUCAAGCAAGAAAUGUUCUUCUUCAGAGAUCCAUAUCCUUAACAGUCAUCCGAAUGAUAUGCGAUUUCCUGAUCAUCUUCUCUUAUUUCAGAUGCCGUACUCUACCAAUGUCAAACUACCACGUUUCAUGAUGCACUUUUCCUAUGCUGGCCAAACCUAUGCCGGUGUUCAAUGGAAUCCAAGCGCUAAAAUUGACAGUGUACAAAGUGUUAUCGAACGUGCCCUUCACCAUUUUCAAUCCGAAAAAACUCCUCUUCGAUUCGGUGUUUCAUCUCGAACUGAUCGCGGAGUACAUGCCUUACAUAAUACGGCGACAUUCGAUUGGAUUUCGCCCGUUGAUAUUACAACACUUGUUCAACCAUUAAAUACUUAUUUAACAGAUAAAAAGGAACACGUACGCGUUCUGCGUAUUCAUCCUAUUUCGCCUCAAUUUCAUUUUCGUCGUCAUUGCCAUGGCCGAAAAUAUGUGUAUCGUUUAGGUUUUCUCAAUGAACAUGAAUUUACACAUGUCAAUACUACGAUUCCAUUUUUGAAGAAAAGACACCGCUAUCUUCUUCGUGAUAUGACACCAGCCACUUACAAUCUUUUCGAAAAGGAUCAUAUCACUUACAUCGAACCACCCUAUGAUUUGGAAGCCUUUCGAAAAGGCAUAGAAGUCUUUCAAGGCCAACACAACUUUGCGGCAUUUACCACGACACAAGGUCGUUUGAAUAUGUUAGUCGAACGUCGUUGUCCGGUGAAAACCAUGCGCCUUACAUUAACCGAAGGUGAACGCUUAGUGCCAUUACCUGAACCAUCAUCACGUCAUUCUCCCAUGACUGUUUAUAAUCUUGUUUUUGAAGCCGAAGCAUUCCUUUAUAAGUUAAUUCGACGAAUUACUGGUACACUAGUACACAUUGCCAAAGGUGAAAUGACUAUUCAAGAUGUUACUGAUCGAUUCGCUUGUCCGCCCGAUUAUUACGACAGUAAUUUUCCGAAAACGCUCAAACCUCAUGGUCUAUUCUUGUACGAAGUUAAAUAUAAUGAACAAGAUUUUCUCAAUCCACCGGAGCUUAGAUGUGACGACACGGCAGCCGAUGAUGUUGAUACUGUUGCUAUGGAAGUACAAGAAGAUGCAGAGAAUGAUGACGAUGAAAACGAAAAUGAAGACGAUCAACAAUUGAAUAGGAAAAUAAUGAUGUCGCGAUAG